GAUCAAGGUAAAUAGUCGAUAGGUUUGAGCUAGGCAUCGGCCCAUACAGUAUUCAAUAAUCUGAAGAAUCAAACAGCUUGUAAUACACAAAACAACAAAGUACUUAGUCAAUGAUGUAUGACUUUCAAUGAUAAGUUGAAUGAAUAAUGCUUACUUCAUUGCCAAAUUCUGUGAGGAUCAAAUUUUCUUUUUGUGGGAAUUAAAAAGAAGUCUUGAAAGUAGUCUAAUGGAAACAAUGAUUGUACACAUCUUGGUGCUUCUCUUGGCAAUAAUGGACCAUGCUGAAGGGAGAUCGUCAACCAAUACCAUGUUAAAUCCGUGCGACAGGAAGUGGGAGCUGAUUUACUCUCACGAUGAGCUAGGAGCCUCAAAAUAUGGCAGCAAAAGAGAGCUGCUAGAUCUGGCCAUGAGCGCUAACUAUGUCAAGGUCAGCCUCUAUAUGCCAGAUCACAUCCUGAUCUUGCCAGCAGACAACAUUUACAAAAGAGAUAAUGAGAUCUGUAUGCAGUCUCUAAAGGCGCUAGCAACCAACGGUACCCACGUGGACAAUGAUGACCCCUGGCUUUUCUUCUUGGCGUGUAGCACAGGUCACGUGACAGAGCUUAAUAUCGCCAACAGCAGCACCGUUCGAGUGGCCAUGGACUGGUACAUUAAGGAUAUAUCGUUCAGCUCUGAGCCCGUCUACUCCAGCUUCUACGACGGGUGCCCAAUGCAAGAGUCACACCUGGUCAGGCUCCACGAGGCGGCCAAGAAGAUGAGUCUGUUUCUGGCCAUGAGGGACAAGCCGUACGUCUUUCCCCUCCACAACGUGUUCCAUGAUACAGCCACAGGAGAGGUUGGAGGUCAAAACCUUCUACAUUUGGGUCAAAGAUAUGAGAAGGAUUACAUUACCUUCAACGACAUCCCGUACAAAUGGUUCUCCUACUGGUCAAACACUGGACACAGGGACAAUGCCAGAUGGGCCUUGCAAAAACAUAAAGCUUAUAAGCAUAAUGCGGACACAGCUGCCGUCGACUGGUACGCUGACAUCUGCUGGCGCCCUAUUUACACUAACGACAUGUUUGGCCUCAGUGUGUUUGGGAGCUUGGACGACCUUUUGGACGCCAUUAAGAGAGGUCAUCGUGUCCGGGUCAGGUUCGACAAUGUGGCAUUGGAGGUGAGCAAUAUGAGGGUAAAGAAUCGAACCGUGGCCGCGCAGCUCUUCAAUGAGGUCACUAUGGUCAGUGAGCCUAAUGGAAACAGGUUCAUCCAGAAUGACACACGUGUCAGAUUAAGUGUUGUACACACUACAGGCAGAGUCCACACUUAUGACUAUCUAGUUGGCAGCACUGAACGUAAGUAUUCAAAUGACAAGAAAACGAUUGAGUGGAUGAUUGACACUAGGCCAUGGUCAGUGGUACUUAAAACUGUUGAACCACCAGGGGAUGCUGUCGUAGGAUCAGAGUUCGAUCUGCAGGCGGCCAUCAUGGGCGGAGCAUCGAUCCGGCUGAACAUUGAGCUAGAUCCAUUGGCAGGUUCCUUUUAUACCCAGGCUAAUAAUAUAAGAGUCGAUCUGCUAACGGAGACCAUUUACGCGCAAGCCCUGGACCACCUAAGUGACGUCAAGUCUAAAGUACCCUACGAAUACGAGCUUCAGAAGUCAAUCUACUAUUGGUACCUUCUGCUGUCAUCAAAAGGAUCACUGCGCAUGACCGCUUGGAUGUAUGGCACAGACGAUUUUCGGUACGAAGAAAUUGCAGACGAAGCAACAAUCACAUGGUUUGCAAACGUUUGAACAAGAUUUUAAAAAAUGUAUUAAAUGCUUUGGUGAAAUAAGAAAAAAAAAAGUAUUUUUAUUUUUAUCUUUAAUUUCUUGAAUUUUAAAAACAUAUAAAUAGAAAUAUUCCCACAAACAACAAUAUUUCAAUAUUUUGUUAAUCUUCAUUUAAUAAAAUUAUUGUUGACAGUCUCUCAUAUAACUAGAUAAUCUAGUGAUUAUAAAGAAACUUAAUUAAAAACAGUACUAUAAAUAAUGUGAAGGAAUCAUAUUAAAAUGUGAACAUCGAUUGUUUUAUUUCUUUCUGACAUUGAUUUUUUUUCAUAGCGAGUUAUAUUCUAUGUUGGAAUAAGAAUAAAUGCAACAUAACCUAUACAAUGGUUCGUUAUUCUAAAACAAAUCAUUUUUGAAGAUCCCCUAUCAUUGAAAGGGAUUAUAAUUCUAAAACAUCUGCCAUAGCAAUGCAUAAUAUAUA